CCUCCGGCCCCUCUUUCCGGCCCGGUGGGGGAGGGGGCUGGGGGCGCGGCUGAGGCGGCUGUGGCUGUGGCGGGCGCCGCGCCUGUCGCGAAGGAGACCCCGCCGGAGGACGAGGAGGAGGAGGAGGCGGCGGAGGCCGAGAUUCUGCGAAGGCUUUGUCUGGAGCCGCGUCCAUUCAAACUCCUUCCUCCACCCAGCCAUGUUAACAACAGGAUGAAGCUGGAGGCAGUUGUGGAACAGCUGCAGAAGCAGCAGCAGCAGCAGGUGGCCCCUCUGCCCAUGGAGUCCAGAGACCGGCCCCAGAGGCAGGUGAGAGAGACUCAGCUGCAGUUCCCCCAACAGAUGACGGUCCAGCAAGCUGGCCUGGCUGCCACAUCCGGCAAAGUUUCCGGUGGGCCCAUCCUCGGACCUUCAGCCAGAGUGCCCCCUGUCCUGGGGGCUUCUCGGACAUUUGAUCAGAGUGCUCUGAACUCCGAGGAAGAGGAGGAGGAAGAGGAGGAGGAGGAGGAGGAGGAAGAAGAAGAAGAAGAAGGUGAGGAAAAUUCAGAAGAUGGUGAUCUGGAGGACAGUGCUCCCAGAACUGGCCAGGAUGCGCGAUCCGCUCUCAAAUACUUUCACGCUUCCAAAGUGGUUUCCCACAACCAAAGAGUGACUCCUUCCUCUAAGCUUCUCCCAGUUCUGGGGGUCCAGCGGAACCUCCAGGGAAAGGACGAAGUGGGGAGAGACGCCCCCAACUCGCUCUAUUCCGGCCCCUCCUCUGGAAGACCAACGUGGAGGCUGGAUGAGCAGCUCAAACAGAACGGGAACAUGACUUGGAGCGAAGAAGCCGACAGUAGCAGAGGAAGAGAGAUAUCCCGCGAUUUUGCCAAGUUGUAUGAAUUGGAUAGUGACCCCGAACGGAAGAAGUUCCUGGACGAUCUCUUCAUUUUUAUGCACAAGAGGGGGACACCCAUCAACCGCAUCCCGAUCAUGGCCAAGCAGAUCCUCGACCUCUAUAUGCUCUACAAGCUGGUGACCGAAAAAGGAGGCUUGGUGGAGAUCAUCAACAAGAAGAUCUGGAGGGAGAUCACCAAAGGCCUUAACCUCCCCACCUCCAUCACCAGCGCAGCGUUUACACUUCGCACCCAGUAUAUGAAGUACCUCUACGCCUACGAAUGUGAGAAGAAGUCCUUAAGCUCACCUGCUGAGCUGCAGGCCGCCAUCGACGGCAACAGGCGGGAAGGCCGGCGGCCCAGUUACAGCUCCCCUUUAUUCAGCUUCUCCCCCGCAACCCCGGGACCCCCUUCGCUCCUGUGUCCCCCCAAGAUCCGCUUCCCCCUUGUUAGCCUCACCCCCAGCAGCACAACUAGCAACCUACACCUGUCUUCAGCAGGCCCUCUCAGGAAAGGUGAUGGCCUCCCUUUGACCACCUCCGCGCCAAAUCGCCUCGCCAUGCCCGUGAGCUUGGCCAACCAGCAGGCCACGGCAGCCCCCACCAGAACGGCCACCUUGGAACAGUUGAAGGAACGGCUGGAGGCCGGGGAACCGGCGGAGAAGAUGGCGCGGAUGACGGAGGAAGAACAGCGCUUUGUCCAGCAGGCCUUUCAGAGGAACCUCUUCAGCAUGGCCCGGCAGCUGCCCAUGAAAAUUAAGAUCAACGGCCGAGAAGAUAAAUCAGAUUCAGCAGCAGCAGCAGCAGCUUUAAACUGGACUCCUUCUGGCUUUGGCAGCAUCAAUAUGUCAGUGGAAAUCAACGGCACAAUCUAUGCAGGCGUCCUCUUUGCCCAAAAGCCCGUCGUCCACCUCCUUGCCGGCUCCAACACCCAGAGCACCGGCGGGGCCAACAGCAGCUCUCCCAGCCCCACCUCCUCCAGAGGCACCCCCAGCGCCGAGCCCUCCACCAGCUGGUCCCUCUGAGGGCCCCAGUGGGCUCGCUGUCCAGCCUCGAGCGGCUCUUCUGUCCCCGGGAGAAGUUACCUCCACCCCCUACCCACCCACCCCGUUGAUCUGGCCCCCAAGCAGCCCCUUCUGCCCCCGGGCGGGCCAGCCGCGGAGAGCCGCCGUGUCUGUGCUGGCGAGUUUUCCAUCCGGAUGGACCUCGCUGGCUUUUUAGCCUUUUUUUUUCAGGUCUUGCUGUGUCCUCAG